AUGUUCAGAAACAACUACGACGGGGACACAGUGACUUUUUCCCCUACGGGGAGACUGUUCCAAGUGGAGUACGCUCUGGAGGCGAUCAAGCAAGGGUCCGUGACCGUCGGGCUGCGGUCGUCGAAGUACGCAUGUCUCGUGGCACUGAAGCGGAAUGCAGACGAGCUGUCGUCGUACCAGAAGAAGAUCAUCAAGUGUGACGACCAUGUCGGGCUCUCGCUUGCCGGGUUGGCCCCGGACGCCAGAGUGCUGAGCAAUUUCGUCAGACAGCAUUGCAACUACUCGAAACUCGUGUACAACAGGGAAUUGUCGAUGGAAAAGAUCGGGUACCUGCUCUCGGACAAGGCGCAAAAGAACACGCAGUCGUACGGGGGGAGGCCCUAUGGGGUUGGGCUGCUUUUGGUUGGGUACGACAAGUCCGGCCCACACCUGAUCGAGUUCCAGCCUUCAGGGAAUAUACUUGAGUUGUACGGCGCGGCGAUCGGGGCCCGGUCCCAGGGGUCCAGGACGUACUUGGAGAGAGUUAUGGACGAUUUUUUGCCAGUGGAGGAUGCCACGGAAUUGAUCAAGCAAGGUGUGGAGGCGCUGAGACAGUCACUAAAGGACGAAACGCUCAGCGUCAAGAACUUGUCCAUCGCCAUCGUCGGAGAAGAUCUGCCCUUCACCGUAUACGAUGGCGAAGCUGUACAGCCUUACCUGUAA